ACGCUUGUCACUAUUGCUCGCUGUCACUCAUGCUCACGUUACGAUGUGUUUACGUUGUAACUCGGGAAACGCUGCUAUUUUAUAAGACGAGUCACUUCGAAUCCGACGGGAUGAAGCGCACGAUACCCGAGGAAAACAGUGAAAGCAAACGAACCUUCAUCAGCCAAGAGUCCAUCAACUUUGGAUACGAUGCCUCGUCAUAUACUACAAAUUAUUCAUCAUCAUCAUCCACAGCUUCCACUAUCGCUCAACCUCUACCUGGACAACCACCCUUGCCUCCUAUGCCACCGCCAAGUGGAGUCCCACCUCCACCACACGUAUUUGGACCAGUGCCUUCCCAAGUAACUCCUAUUCAGGCGUGGACACACCCACCUACCCCAUGGCCGUGGAUAACACCGCAAGCAUCUCCUUUGCCACCUCCAACUCCUCGUGAACUCACUAAUACGAUUCAGAGAGAGAUGCCGUUAAGGGGCAAUUAUGUACGUCACGAAAGGUUUACUCACAAUAGAAACAACAUGUAUGUUCAGAGAAAUAAUUUUCAUCGUAAAAAUAAAAGGCCCAUGCGUUUUGGACAGUCACAGAGUCAGUUUGAUCAAAAUACAUAUUUUGGUGCAACAUUAACGGGCAGUCUUGGGUUGGAAUGGCAAAGGAAUAAUUAUAACACAGUAGCGAAUGAUGCUAUAAUAAGCCACAUGACCGUUCCUUUAUCCAAUCAUCCUAUACCUUCUAUUCCACCAGGAAUCGUGAGUAACAGGCAUGGCGAGGAGACGGAGGAUCAGGAUGUGAAAAUUGAAAAAGUAGUAAAAAAGAAUAAACAAAGGAAGCCCAUGUCUCAAAGUUAUCCUAGUAAACCAUGGAAUAGGGAAGACGCCGAAAGAGCUUUGAUGACUGAAAAUGAAUAUAAUAUGAAGAAUAAAGUUAAUGCACAGAGCCUAAUAAUUAAGUUUCCCGACCCAGAUUUGAAUAAGGAUAUUGUUAGAUUAUUUCAUCCUGGUAUACGAAAUAUACAUUUUCAAAAUCCAAGUGGACCGAGGUAUUGCUUCAUUCAAAUGGCGAAGAGUGUGAAUAUUGACGAAGCUAUAAAAGAAUUGGAAAAAAUUAAAUUUGGUACAGGAUAUUUGAAAGUUGAGAAAAAAGCGGUAAGAAACGAGGAUGUUCGAAAUACAAAACCCGAAGAUAUAAAUCCUUACAACUUAUACAUAGGAAAUUUGCCCACAUUCGUUAAAGCGAACGAAAUAAAAAGCAAAUUUCCGAAAGCACGUGUAGAUGUAUCGAGGGCACGGAAACUGAAAAAUACACAAUUUGCUUUUAUGAGAUAUAACAGUGUAGACGAUGCAAUAGCAGAUUACAAAAAAGCAUAUGGUUUAAUGUGGGACACAAGAAGUAUUAUCGUUAAAUUUAGACGAAAGGAAGGUAACGCUUACCUUCCAGAAGAACUUAAACCUGAUGUUAAAAAAGUUAAAGAGGAGCCAAAUAAUGCUAUACAAGUAAAAAAAGAAAAUAUGAAUCAUAAUGAACCUAAACUCAGUGGUAAUAAAUUGAAAGAAGAAGAAAAUGGCAUCGAUCAAACAAAAGAAGAUAAAGUUAGUCACGCGGAUAAACAAUCAGCAAAUCAAAAUAUCAAUAAUGUGGAAGCACGUUUGCAAGAUAAUUCCAGUAAAGCACAAAGCAAAUCAGUCUCGCGAGUUCUGGAAAAUACAAAUUCGCAUUCCUCCGCAUUACCAACUUCAGUCACAUUAGAUACGACAAUAAAACAACAACUAUCUUGGCCUUCUCAAAUACCUUCGACAUUGGAAAACCAAUCAUCGUGUCCAGCUCAAACUGAUCCUGUCGAGGAAACAAUGAUGCUCACACAGAUCAAAGAAGAACCUAUGGAUUACGAUGAUACGGACAUGUGUAAUACGCAGUCCGACGAGGAUGAUGACGAUGAUGAUGACGACGAUGACGACGAUGUCGAGGAACAAGACGAUACUGACGAUGAUGAGGAUAAUAAUGAGGAAAACUGUGUGUGUGAAGAAGACGAUGAAGACGAAGACAUUGAUAGUGAUGGAAAUAUAGCGUUUAGCAGAAAACCAUCAAUAACAACACGGAAUGACGAAGACGAACCAUCAGACCACCUUGAUGAAAUGUUCAGCAAAUUGGAGAACAUGACAAAUGAUAUCGGUUUCUUGAAACUU